AUGAAAUUAAAGAACAGAAACUCCAAUUCAGUUAACAAAUUGCAAGCCCUAAAACAGCAGCAAGACAACAUCAUCUCAUCCAUAAACGAUUUGAAUGACAAAAACCAAUAAAUAAUCAAAGACUACAUGAACAAAUAGCAACUAUUAACAGAUCAAUUGGAAAAGCAACAUCAACAGAUUACAAUACAAGAACUUAAGUACGCAUUACAUAAUAAUAAUUGGACCAAAAAGGUUGGGUUCUUUCUGAAUCCACUAUCACAACAAAAUGGAUAGAAGAUAACUAUACAACAAUAAUAAAUCCUGUUAAAGCAUUCAGAAUCUAAGUUAAUUUAACUUGAGAGGAUCUUUCAAACAGAAUCCAAGAUUAUUCAAUUUCAAGAGCAAAAGAAAAUGAUUCAAAAUGAUGUCGAAGGAAGAAUAUUAUAAAUGGAUACUCUCCUAAUUGAAUAUGAAGAGCUAGAAUAGAUCAUAGAUUCACAGCAAAACAAAUCACAAUGCAACAAUGUCAAGACUCUGUUUGAAAUAAACAAAAGUUUGAGCCAACUAAAACACAAUUAUAUACUAUUAGCAAAUUAACGAUAAGAAAAGGAAAUCAUCCAAACUGACAUCAUAAAAGUAAUUAACAAUUUGGAGUUGCAAACCAAAUCUAUUUAAAUUGAAAAAUAAAUGAAGGGCUUGCAAUCUUCUUGGUUCAAUGUGGAUCAACUUUACAAUUCAAUUGUAUCAUAAGCAAAAGCUGAGUAAUAAUUGGACUUAUUUUGCAACAUAGUAUUGCUAAUCAACGAUAAAAUUGUUAAAGGACUCAAUUCUAAAGUGAAUUAGAAUGUGAUUAUUGAUAGCAUUCGAUAAAUAGAAAAUGAUAAUAAGUUUAGAGUAUUUAAUAGCACCGUAUUUCAAGAAUACUUGGAUUAGGCAUAAAUAGUAGAGUACUCUUAAUUUCUUACAAAUGAAUUAACUAAAAGAAUAUCCAAGUUCAAAAUAGAAUCCAAAUUGAAAUAGCAUAAAGCACAUCUUGUCGAUAUACAGAGACAAAUACAUCAGAUAAUGUAUGAACAAUCAAUGAUCUAAACCUAAUACAAUAGACUUGAGUCUAAUUUGCCUGUUCUUGAGAAGAAUCAAACAGCCUUAAGAUUGCAGCAGAUCCUUGAUAGAAUGAAUCACAUAGAGUGUUUAAAGUCGUAAAAUAAAACUCUCUUCGAAAUCACAUUCCCAGCAUAAAUCAAAGAAAUCCAAAACAAUGUAAAUUAGAUGGAACAAUAGUUGCAAUCUUAAAUCAAAGAACUUCAUUACUCAAUUCAAAUUGAAUAGGAUUACUAUUAUAAGAUAUUCUCAAGUCAAUCUCAAAAAUUACCCAUUUUAAUUCUCGAUUCAAACAUAGUUAAUGAUAAUAUAGAGUAACAAAUAGAAGAAAAUAGGAGAUAGUAUUAGCAGCAACAAAUUCUCUACAAUUAAAACAUUGAAAAUUAUAGACAGAAACUCAAGUAACUGGAAGAUUAAGAAAAUUAAAUGUAAACUAAAUACCUAAUGGAAUUGAAUGAAUCUAUUUUGAAGACUAAAAAAGAGAAUAUUCCUCCCUCCGAUUCUAGAGAUGUCAGUAUGAUAGGAACUAUAUAAAUUGAUAUGUCUCAAGAGAGAACAACUCACAAAUAUUCAGUGCUCAGGUCCAAAAAAUAAUUAUUUAUGAAUGAGCCUACUGACAGAAGUCUCUCUGCUUAUAGUUUUUUGGGACAUCGUUCGUCUGAUCCAUUGUGUUCUAAGACAAAGUUGGCUUUAAAAUAACAAACUAGUUUGUCAUCUUAAACAUCUCAAAAAAACCCAUUGUUAUCACCUCAAUCAAAUAAUCAUCACAUAUCUAUAGAGCAAUCAUUGAGUUUACAUUCCUCUGCAAGGAGAUUCCCGGAUUUUCAAAUGGAGAAAUCUCCUCCUCAAUAAAUGAAAGGAGAUAGAAUAUCAAUUUUUAAAGUAUUGAAGAGAACAUUUCGACAACAAUCAUCAAGUAAUCAGAGUGGAUGUUCAGCAUUUUCAAGCAAAUUUGUGAAAUGUAAUCAGAAGAUGAAAUGUUUGGAAUUCUAUAAUUCUAAUAGGAUGAUUCAUGAUUUAGGCUAAAAGGAAUCAGCAUUAUGUCUACGAUAAAUAAAGGAGGUGAAACAAUGUUAAUAAUCAUUGAUUCUAGUAAUUUCGAAACAUCAAUCAAUAGAAUUGGUAUUUAGUAAACAUGAGCAACUGAAUGAAUUUAUGAAAAUGAUUACUUAGUGA